CCAAACAACAUAACGCUCGAACGAAAUACGUAUACGUUGAUAACCGUGAAAAUAAACUUCUAUGAAUACAUUUUCACGGUUUAAACAGUCAAGAAGCAGUAUACGUUCGAUAUUUAGUACGGCAACCGCUUAAUCCUUGAGAAAACACGAAAGUUGUUUAUAUUUACGAAGUGUCGUGCGCGAUUCCGCAAAACUGGCUCACCAAUUUUGGAUAUCCUAUCACCCACCGACUGGAAACAAACAUACAUCCAGCGGUGAUGAAACUCCCCCAAUACCAGAGGAGGAGCUGGAACAGCAGAAAAUUGAACAUGAAAAGCAGGUGCAAAAGGAGAAAGAAUGCCAAGCGAGGGAGGCAGAAGAGGUUCGACAACUCGACAUAGAGCUGUUGCACCAGCGAGCGAUCGAAGCGGAAGAAGAACAAAAGCGAGAGAUAGCCGAAGCAGUGGAAGAGUUACGUGGCAUGAACACCUCGUGGUCUCAUCAUCGACUCUGCGACUUGCAACGUCAAGCUGCCAGGUGGAGGCACAGUCGGCCUUCUAUACCAGAUACUACUAAACACUACAGGAGCGUCCUGAAGAAGGCAUGCAGUGCACAGUUGACCAAGCCUCAGUCCAGCCAGAGUAUAUGCGAGGAGGACGGCAUAUUCAUCAACUUGUCUCGCCUUGGCCCAUGCAGAGACGAAUCUUUGGACAGCGAUGGUUGCUGCGAGACACCAGGGUGUACCGCCAGCCCAGAGACCAGACCUUGGAGGGCAUCAGCCAACGACGUCAGCCCCCAGAGGCGGAUGGACUUAGUUAGAGCCCCUUCGUGUCCAGGAUGUCGCGCUCCAAUCGCGUCUCUCGAUUGUAUGGAUGAUUUUAGUGCGAACUCCCAACAAAUGCUGGACCAAGAGCCAGCAAGGUCAUCAGGAAAACCAGGACCAAUAUCGUUUGAAGAAAGAUUGAAGUGGCGGAGUGGGAAAAAUAUAAAUCAAGAACAAUUCAAAAUGUUAUCCCCGACUCUCGCAAAGAAAAUGAACAAAUUGAAAUUAGGCCUCUUUGAUAGAGGGGAAGUGACGGUAUCCCGUCACAUGUCUGGAUAUAUGGCCAAUAGUAACGCUAUGGCUUCGUCCGUGACUCCCGGCCUCCGCUAUAAGAACUUGGGCAAGUCUGGCCUCAGGGUUCCCAAUAUUGGGCUGGGUAUGUGGACGAUGGUCAAUGAAGAAAGCGCGGAGGAUAUCAUUAUGACAGCCUUGGAAAAUGGGAUCAAUUUAUUUGAUCUGUCUGAGGCCCACUGCGUUUUAAACAAGCGCCAAUUAAAAACAAAUGAUCAUGGAAUAAUCACAGCUAAAGGCGAAGCUGAACUGGGCAGGAUCUUGAAGAAAAGAAACGUGAGAAGAACAAGCAUUAUUAUUACUACGAAAAUUUACUGGAGCACCAAAUCUGAUGAGAGAGGUCUCUCUCGAAAGCAUAUCAUCGAAAGUGUAAAAGCAUCUCUGGCCAGACUUCAAGUCGAAUAUAUUGACGUAGUACUUUUGCACAAAGUAGAUCCAGUCUGCCCAAUGGAAGAGCUGGUGCGUGCUAUGAACUUUGUGAUAAAUCAGGGAUGGGUGAUGUACUGGGGCACAGCUCGUUGGUCUCCCUCAGAGAUAAUGGAUGCUUACACAAACUGCAGACAGUUCAACUGCAUCACGCCGAUAGUUGAACAGACAGAAUAUCACAUGUUCUGCAGGGAGAAGCCUGAACUCUACAUGCCAGAGUUGUACCACAAGAUUGGUGUUGGAAUGAUGGUGUGGUCAGCUAUCACCACGGGAAAAGGGCUCGGCCGUGAGGAGAUUACUGGACUCUUCGCCAAGUCCCGCUUCAACAGGAAAUAUAGCACCUUCAGUUGGUGCGAGGAAGACCUGGCAGUUCCAGAGAUGCGUAGCUCUGGCAGUAAGGAACAAGUAACUGGUGAAGAACCACGCACUUACGGUGACAAGCUUCGUGAUCUUUCCAAUCUGGCAAACUCACUAAACUGCUCUAUGAGCCAGCUGGCAGUAGCUUGGUGCCUGAAGAAUGAGUCGGUGAACUGCCUAUUACUAGGCGCCACCAGUGUGGAACAGUUCAAAGAAAAUAUACACGCUUUACAGAUAGUGCCGCAGCUGACUCCGUUGGUGAUGAUCGAGAUAGAGCGUCUGCUGGCAAACAAGCCGCAGAGGCCGCCCAUGGUGUCUACCCUGGCCAUGCGCAACCAGCAGAACAACACAGUCCGCAUUGAUAUGACCGGUGUCACAUCAGGCACUGGAUCGCCCAAGCCGGAGGGCGAAGGCGCCGAGGGCGAGGCGUCCACCCCCGGCAAGGAGACCGGGCGGGCCUUCUGUGAGAUCCAGUGACCGUGGUGGCGCGGAAGCACUGACUCUGCUUCCAAAUCUAGCAAAUCAAAGGAAUCACUUAAGGACUCUAAACCUAAAUUCUUUUUAAACAAUGCCGGCGAAGUCAUCAAACGCACAGAGCAAGACGGAGUAUCAACAGACGUGGUGAUCUCCGUAUCUUCCCUGAAAGGCAAGCAGCCCGCCAGCGGCGGCAGCAAGGUAAAGAAGUCCAAGUCAGAUACUGCUCGUCCGCGCUCCGCCUCGCUCCAGCGGUCCUCCUCGGGCCAGCUGUCGGUCGCCCGGGACCGACGCCGCUCCCGUCUCGAUCUGGCGUCUCCUGCUGACAUUUAGCGCUACUAACUUUUCAGUUGAGUCGCGAUACGACACAAUACAAGUGUGAAACAUGGCUAAUACUCAACCUACUACGAAAAAUCAAUGCUUUUAAACCCUGAAAGGGAUGGACAAUGUGAAAUUAUGCCAAAUUACCUGGAACUGUUAAUUAAUAAAGGAUGUGAAUACAGCAUAGUUUUAGAUACAGUAAAUUAAUAUUGUUUAGGUGGAUGCUACGAUGGACGGUCACACCUGGUGGUGAAUUAUGGUCUGUGAUUAUGAAUGAUUACUUGAUUGUUCGAUUAAAAUGUAUAUAAAGUGGAGUAAUAAAAUCACUGUAGUAGAAUAUAAUUCACUCUUUGUGGUAAAUGGUAAGACUGUAGCAUAAGAUUUAUGUCAGUACGUAAUAACUAGAACGAGAUCGUUUUAACGGCCGAUCAAGUAGCUCUUGGUAAGGUAAGUACUGUUAUACAAUCUUUCCUAUUUUUCUUAGAAAACUAUAGUAGACUGGAUUUCAAUCAAAGUAGUAGGUAGUUUGAAAGAGACAACUUCUUCACAUUGAAACGAAUAGCGGAACACCUUUGAACACCGUAGAACUUAUUGUGUCCUAGAUAUUAAGUCAACGAGCAAAAACUUAGAGCCGUUACCACACAGCGGUUGUAUAAAUGAUUCCUUUGAAUUCACUAAUAGAGAAGCCGAGUCUUUUAAAACACUUUUCUGAUAAAAAAUUGCUUACACUACGCUUGUUUUUAAAAUCUGGCUUAAACAUAAUUAAGUUAUAUUUGAUUUAUUCCACUCAAAUUUAAGUAACGAAAUUAGUUCUCGGAAACUAUUUUUGUGUAUUUCAUAUUUAAAACAAACUUUCUUAAUGACUAGUUAUGCUACUUCGGCUAUGCUCAAUUAGGCACAGAUUUAUAUUUUAUAGACACAGCGCACUUAGAUACUACAUUAAAUGUUGUGUAGAGUGGACUAAAUGGCCUACAUACGACAUAUAAAUCGGUACCUAUUGUAGUCCUUUUAUUGCUAAAUAGCGUUCCUUGAAUAGACCACUAGCGACAUUGAUAUGGGUCGCUGGCCAGCAGCAUUGGGACGAACUAGGUAUACCUUAAGGUAACUUACCACUUGGUAGUAAGGUAAAACAUGUCUAAAAUAUUAUAUGUUAUAUGUCAUGGUAUAACUACCAAUUUUUUGUUACCAUUAAGUUUUUGUUAUUUAGUAAACUAUACAAUAAUUAAUCCUAGCAAAUAAUUAAAAGUUGUAUUAUCAAUUCAUUAUACAUAUAAUUACUAUGUAUGUAUUAUAUAAAUUAUGAAAUUACCGUUGUUCUUUAAGAAUAUUACAAUUUAAAUUCAAUGUUAGAGAAUUAAUUCGAUUUAACUUAGAGAGUAAACAAACAUCUUACAUGAAGAUGCAUCAGAGUCCACAGUACCUGUUAAUGUUAUAUGAAAUAGUUAAAUGUUAAUGAUAAUAAUUGUUUCAAUGUGACUUUUUCCGUGUUAUGGUAUUGUAGUAAAAUUUUUAAGUAAUUAUACAUGUAUGUAUUUUAUAACAGAUUAAUAAUAUAACAUAGAAAAUUUGGAAAAUUCGACACUACCUAUAUACCGAAAACAAUUAUAUUGUAUUAUCUCGUAAUUUUCAAUAUAAUAACAGUCUAUUUGAUGUCUAAUAACGUAAACAAAUUUAAUAUCAAUGUUAGCCAUAUAUUCUGAUUCAGAUUACUAGAAAUAUUUUAUUUAUUGUUAUUGUACUUCGAAGAUAAUUAAACCUAUUUAGGCAAUUUUACUAUUUCUAAUAGGUACCCUUGUGUAUGUAUCACAAGAUUCAUCUCUCGUUUGUUCUUUCAUAUCAUUAGAUUAAAUAUAAGGCUCAGGCCUUCAGGAUUUGCUAAGCAACCACCUCUUAGAUACGAUUUUUUAAUGUUUAAGCCAGGAAUGUAACCAAAAUAUUAAUUAAAUAAAGCAUGCGUAUACAACA